UUUGCAAACAGCAUCGAGGUGUUUCAAGAGAUGUGCGCGUGCAUGCGCUCAAUUUUUAAGUGCACUUCCAAUGCAGGUGCCAUGGAGAGAAGCGCUGCGCUCGCUCACAGGAAGUCAGUUCGGAAAGAAAGCUAAUCCGUUAACAAAACAAGCGAACACAAUGGACAUACUCUUUGUUUUCUCGUCAAGUACUGUUAGGGCGUCUGUAGUCUCCAGUUAUGGAAUGUCUGAGGGGUUUUAGAAUUUCUUCGGAGUUGAUCCUUAUGCUGUAAUUGGUUGAGUUUCCCCUCCUCCUAGCCGGUAGUUAGGAUGAACUGAGCCCUCUGAAGGGGAUGGGUGAAUAGCGACGGACAGAGCACCCACUUGGAGCUUAGGACUGGACAGAGUAAGGGCGAGUGGAAGAACGUGCUUCAACAGCCUGAGGAACCACUCGACGUUAUUAUCCACUGGGAGAAACAAGGACAUAUUGAAAUUAAUGACUGAGCAGGUGUGCCGGCAGCAGCAUCACACAGGCACUCACUCGUAGGACAGGAUGCAGGCCGUCAGACUCAGGAGAGAGGGCUGGGGUCUUCUGGUCUUCUUAACGCUGCUGGUUUGCGCUCCCAGCCCUGCCCGGGGCCAAGUCCCAGCGCCACGCAGACUCCGCUUCAAACUGCUGUCUUCUGGAGGACUAACCGUAACAUGGAAAGAACCAAAGGGAGAUUAUGAUGGCUAUAGAUUUGUAUAUGACAAUGUUAAAGGUGGAGAGGAGCAAGAGCUGUUUGUACCAAAAGGAGAGAAUAAAGUGGUGCUGACUGAUAUCAUUCCUGUGAAGCAGUAUGUGUUCAAGGUUUUUGCAAUGAGUGGGCGGCAGCAAAGUAAAGGACUUCAAGGGAAAUAUCCAGGUAAAGACAGAGACCCUGAGAGAGAGGGGGUUCAGCCCCAGGACCGCAGGGAGUCUGCCCCUGUUGAAGACCUCAAUGAGAUAUCUGGAGCUGACCAGUUUGUGUGCUCAACUUCAUCCGUUGCUGAUAUCGUCAUCUUGGUGGACGGCUCGUGGAGCAUCGGCAGACUCAACUUCCGUCUCGUCAGGAACUUUCUGGAGAGCUUAGUAACCGCCUUUGAUGUGGACAUCAACAAGACACGGAUAGGUUUGGCUCAGUACAGCGGAGACCCCCGUAUUGAGUGGCAUCUCAACGCCUUCCCAACCAAAGAAACAGUGAUGGAUGCUGUGAAGAACCUGCCCUACAAAGGAGGCAACACCCUCACAGGUCUCGCCCUCACCUACGUACUGGAAAACAGCUUCAAGACGGAAUCUGGGGCCAGAAAUGGCGUUCCCAAAAUUGGCAUCCUCAUCACCGACGGCAAAUCCCAGGAUGAUGUCAUACCUCCGGCCCAGAGCCUCCGGGAUGCUGGCAUUGAGCUCUUUGCUAUUGGUGUGAAGAAUGCUGAUGAGAAUGAGCUGCAGUCCAUCGCCUCUCCGCCCUUAAACACACACGUGUACAACGUGGCCGAUUUCAACAUCAUGAGCUCCAUUGUGGAGGGCCUGACCCGCAUCGUGUGUGAGCGUGUCGAAGAACAGGACAAGGAGAUCAAACGGGACCUGACCACCCCGGAGCCGGAGGGCCCUCCCCACGACCUGGUGACCUCCGAGGUGAGGCCGCGCAGCUUCCGUGUGUCCUGGUCCCCCGCCCCCGGCAGUGUGCAGAAGUACCGCGUGGUGUACCACGCAACCAGCGGCACUACCAACCCAGAGGAGAGUGUGGUGGAUGGCAGUGAGAGCUCCGUGCUCCUUACCGACCUCAACGCCCUGACGGAGUACGCCAUCGCCGUGUUCGCCGUCUAUGCCAGCGCCAGCAGCGAGGCGCUCCGAGGCAGCCAGACCACCCUGGCCCUGCCCAGCGUGGAUAGGGUGGAGCUGUAUGACGUAGGCCACAGCAGCAUGCGUGUGCGCUGGAGCAGUGUGGAGGGGGCUUCUGGGUACAUGAUCCUGUAUACACCACUUACCCUAGAGGAUGUGGAUGAGACUGAGUUAAGAUUACCAGAGUCGGUGACAGAUAUUCAGCUGACAGCCCUGAGCCCAGACACGGAGUACACGGUGACACUGUAUGCCCUGUAUGGAGACGAGGCCAGCGACCCGGCAACCACCCAGGAGACCACAUUGCCCUUAUCCUCUCCUCGCAACCUGCGGGUCUUUGAUGUGAAGCACAGUUCUGCCAAGCUGAGCUGGGACACGGCAGCUGAAGAUGUUAACGGCUAUCGGGUUGGAUAUGUCGUUACUGGAGGAAUCCAAACAAACGAGGUGGAGGCUGGCCCAGUCACCUCCCUGGUGCUGAAGGACCUGGCUUCCUUGACAGAGUACACAGUGGCCGUCUUUGCCGUCUACGACGAGGGCCCAUCAGAAGCCCUGAGUGGCAGCUUUGUGACCUUGGCCGUGCCAGAGCCUCUUAACCCCGUGACCAGUGAUGUGAGUCCAGACAGCUUCCGCCUCAGCUGGACUCAUACCGCUCACGACGUGCUGCUCUACAAACUCGCCUGGGUCCCGCUGGAUGGAGGGGACAGCCAGGAGGUGGUUGUCCCCGGUGACGCAGACACAUUCCUACUGACUGACCUGACGGAGCGGACGGAGUAUGAGGUGUUUCUGUCGGCCAUCUACAAGGAUGGGGCCGAGAGCGAGGCCGCCUCUGUCCUGGAAACCACACUGGAUAGGUCUACAACGGUUGCCACAACUACAGCAGUGCCUCAUUUUGGGCUGAGUGAUAUCGUUGUGGACGACGAGACAACAUCCAGCCUGCAGGUGAGCUGGGAGACUGAGGACAAGGAUGUGGAGCAGUUCAAGGUGUCCUACAGGAGCCUGAGGGGAGGUCGUGGAGAGGAGUCGAUACUGGUUCCAGGUGCCCAAAGGACUGUCAUUCUGCAGCCCCUCCUUUCUGACACGGAGUACAGUGUGACCGUCACCCCCAUCUACACGGAUGGAGAAAACCAUUUUUUCGCUCUCUCAUCCAGAGGAAAGACUUUGCCUUUGGCCGCCCCCCGAGACCUUAGGGUAUCAGAGGAAUGGUACGACCGCCUCCGCAUCACCUGGGACCCAGCACCCUUCCCCACUCUGGGCUACAGCAUCGUCUACCAGCCCAGCGCAGGCUCAGCAGCGCCACUUGAGAUGUUUGUGGGAGAUGAUGUGAACACGCUGCUGCUGCCCAACCUUCUGAUUGACACCGAGUACAGCAUCAAGGUCCUCGCCUCGUACACCGCUGGCUCCAGUGAGCCCCUGCAGGCCACCGGCAGGACAUUGCAUCUGGGUGUGAAGAAACUGAGUACGUACCAGGUGCAGAGCACCAGCUUGUGUGUCCAGUGGCAGCCCCUCGCCCAAGCCUCCCUCUACAGAGUCUCCAUCAAGUCACUGCUGAAUGGGCACGGGCAGGAAGUGAGCGUGGCAGGGAGCGGCUCUCGACAGUGCUUCUACGACCUCUCUCCCAACAGCCAAUACGAGAUCAGCCACUACAGCCAGCUGCAGGGCCUGGAGGGGCCUGCGGUCACCACCACAGACACCACACUUCCUGCUCCCACGCAGCCUCCAACCACACCCCCCACGACCACCCCCCCACCCACCAUCCCUCCUGCCAAAGAAGUUUGUAGAGCUGCCAAAGCAGACCUUGUCUUCCUGGUGGAUGGCUCAUGGAGUAUUGGAGAUGACAACUUCCAGAAGAUCAUUCGCUUCCUCUACAGCACAGUCGGAUCCCUGGACGUGAUUGGUUUAGAGGGAACACAGGUUGCCAUCGCACAGUUCAGUGAUGAUGCCAGAACUGAAUUUAAGCUCAACUCCUACAGUGAUAAAGAGUCUUUGCUGGACGCCGUUCAGCGCAUUUCCUAUAAGGGAGGAAACACAAAAACAGGUCGGGCCAUGAAGCAUGUGAAGGAGGCCAUCUUCACUGUGGAGGGCGGUAUCAGGAGGGGCAUACCCAAAGUGUUGGUGGUACUUACUGAUGGACGGUCCCAGGACGACGUCAACAAAGUAUCCAAGGAGAUGCAACUAGAGGGCUACAUCAUCUUUGCCAUUGGCUUUGCUGACGCUGACUAUGGUGAGCUAGUGAACAUGGCCAGCAAGCCCAGUGAGAGGCACGUGUUCUUCGUGGAUGAUCUUGACGCUGUGAAAAAGAUCGAGGAGCAGCUGAUUACGUUUGUGUGCGAGGCUGCUACUGCCACCUGUCCAUCCCUUCUGAUGAGUGGGAACACAUUAGCAGGGUUCCGCAUGAUGGAGAUGUUCGGCCUGGUGGAGAAGAGCUACAGCAGUGUGGAGGGGGUUUCCAUGGAGCCGGGCACCUUCAACAGCUUUCCCUGCUACCGCCUGCACAAAGACGCCCUGAUAUCUCAGCCAACCAGAUUCCUCCACCCUGAAGGCCUGCCCUCGGACUACACACUCACCAUCCUGUUCCGCCUGCUCUCCGACACGCCGCAAGAGCCCUUUGCAUUGUGGGAGAUUCUCAACAACGACAGCGAGCCUUUGGUGGGCGUGAUCCUGGACAAUGGUGGGAAAACACUGACCUUCUUCAAUCAUGACUACAAGGGAGACUUCCAGGCAGUGACCUUCGAUGGCCCAGACAUUAAAAAGAUCUUCCACGGGAGUUUCCACAAGCUACAUCUAGCCAUCAGCAAGACUGCCGCCAAAGUGGUGAUCGACUGCAAUGUGGCGGGGGAGAAGCCCAUCAACGCUGCCGGCAACAUCACCACAGAUGGGGUGGAGGUGCUGGGCCGCAUGGUGCGCUCUCGUGGAACACAAGACAACUCAGCACCGUUCCAGCUCCAGAUGUUUGAUAUUGUCUGCAGUACAUCAUGGGCCAGCCGGGACAAAUGCUGUGAGCUUCCUGGCCUGAGAAAAGAGGAAGACUGCCCAGCAAUGCCCCAUGCCUGCACCUGCUCCCAGGACAGCAAAGGUCCCCCUGGUCCGUCUGGUCCACCGGGUGGUCCUGGUAUCAGAGGCAUGCGAGGUAGUCAAGGAGAGGCUGGCUCAACGGGAUCUCAAGGGCCAGCAGGAGAGAAGGGUCCCGCUGGCCAACAAGGACCCCCAGGCCCCCAGGGGCCGAGUGGAAUGUCUAUUCAGGGACCUCUGGGACCCGCUGGGGAAAGAGGAGAGAAAGGUGAAAUGGGCCCAGCAGGACUACAGGGUGUUCCAGGAUCAGCUGGAUCUCCGGGACGCGACGGUCCACCAGGCCAGAGGGGUCUGCCAGGAAAGGAUGGCCCACAGGGCAGGCAGGGUUCUGGUGGACCUGUUGGCACCCCAGGAGCACCAGGAUCCCCGGGGUCCAGUGGCCCUCCAGGGCCCAUUGGAGAUUCUGGACAAACUGGACCUCCUGGUGGUAAAGGUGAACGAGGGGAACGGGGAGAUGUUCAGUCACAAGCGGCAGUGCGCGCCAUCGCUCGACAAGUGUGUGAACAGCUGAUCCAGAGUCAUUUGUCUCGGUACAACACCAUCUUGAACCAGAUCCCCAGUCAGAGUGUAUCCGUGCGCACCGUGCCUGGGCCUCCCGGUGAGUCCGGACGCCCGGGGCCACGGGGUCCCCAAGGAGAACAGGGAACCUCUGGUAGACCUGGAUUUCCUGGAAGCAAUGGACAGAGUGGACGUCCAGGAGAGCGAGGUUUACCUGGAGAGAAGGGAGAGAGGGGGAUCACAGGUGUGGGAUUGCAGGGUCCUAGAGGACCCCCUGGCCCUCCAGGAACGCCAGGAGAGGGGCGCACCGGCAGCCAAGGCCCCUCUGGCAGGCCUGGCACCCAGGGAGCUCCAGGACGCCCAGGAACCUCUGGCAGCACCGGCCCGUCCGGCCCUCCAGGAUACUGCGACCAGAGCGCCUGCAUGGGGUACAACACCAGAGGUCAAGAACCAUAUGACAAUGAAUACUGAGCAGCUCUCUGAACUGCAGCUGCUCCCUCUUCCUUACUCUUUCCCUCCUUUUACACACACACAUACACACAAACAACUACCAAGAUGGGGAUGCAUGGAAAGACCGUUGGUGGACGGCUCUACUCAAAACUCACCACCACUGAAGUCAGUGCGAAUAGCCCCAUAGCUCUGAGAUACUUACAGUAUUUGCCCUCCAUCCAGUUAGCAUUGAGACUGAAAGCAUGAAGGGGUUGAGGUGAUGGGUGCUUUGAGUUGGUGAUCGGCUGCUUUCCACUGUUGUCUUCCUCUCUGUUCUCAUGAUUCUCUCCCAGGACACCAACCCAAACCGCUGGCUUUGUUUAUAUCUUCCUCUUGUACACUUGCCCUUUGACCCCCGUCCAUUCUCAUGAUGAUGGUGUGCCUUCCAUAUCCACCUGUCCUCUCUCCUCUGACCCAUUAACCCCUUCCUGCCCGACUAAACGCAGUGGUGAUGAUCAGAGAUUUUGAACCAAACUUAGACUGACCAAGAGCUGUUCCCAACAGUACAACAGUUGCCACCCAACAACGCUUACCAAAACUAUGGUGGUCCCGCUCCGAGCCAGUACCAAAACGCUGGCGGGCCGUCUCCAAAUCCAUACCAGAACUAUGGGAUUCCAGCUCCCGCCAGCAAUUAUGACCAGGGAGAGGAGGAUGACGAGGAGGAGGAGGAGGAGGACCCUUAUGCAGGUUACCGCGCUUACCCGCCUCAGUACCAACAGUCAAACUACUACCCUGGCUCUCACCAUGGCAACCCUGAUCAGCCUCGUCCGCGUUACUCCCGCAGUGCAGAUGAGGAGCGUGCCAGCGAUGGAGGACUGGAGAAACGAGAGUGAAAAGACCAUAAACCCAAACCCAGAAGAGCCUCAUGUCCAUGCCUUGUGGAACCCUGAAAGUGCCUGUUAUAUGCAUCCUUUUUUUUUAUCCUUUUUUUGAUGUUGCUAUUCUAAGAAGGGGCAGAGUAGAUUCAUUGACCUGGAGACGCAAAGGUCUGGGGUUGAGUGGGGUGGGGUGGGAAACUGCCCUCAUACUUUUUUAUAUAAUGGUUGCAUGUAGCCAAGGAAAGCUUAGAAGGCGCUGUCACUCUGGUCUUUGUUGUUACAUUGCUUUUGUAAUUUGCAAGAUGGAUGGCAUUUUUUUUUUUAAACUUUGUUGUGUUUCUUGGCCAGACAUGGAUGGGAUUUCAGCUCUCCCAUGGUUGUAAAAUUGCAAAAUGUUUACAAGUGAAUAUUUUAGCCAUCUCUUUGGUUUGUACAUUAGUGUAAGAAAUGUUACCUCCUGUGAUGUUUUCUCUGUGCCACUGUGGCGAUUCAGAUAAUCGUAGCAAAAGUAUGACUUUUCCAAAAGAAAAAAAGAACCGUCUCAAAUCAUGUGCAUCACCAGCAUUCCACCUCACACUUCUGUGGGACCAUGACUCAUCGUAUCCAAAGUUUUUAUCAAUGACAACUUUCAUGUGAAUUUAGAGUGAUGGGGUUUAGUGUCAUGUGGUCUGUCAUUACAUGGAGUUUUUUGUGUUAGUUCCUAGCAGAUGUGUUCUUCGUGUGUUUUCCUGUGGCGGUGUCAGGUAAGCACCUGUGCGUCCCCCUGGCAGUGGGACCUGUUCUCUGUGGGGGAGAGUGUGUGGAUAGUUAGGCCUGUGGUCUAGAGCUCUCUCCAAAGGAAAGCUGCAGAAGAGUAGGUGUCAGUGGAGUCUAACCACCAACCCUUUUGGAAAAAAAAAAAGUAAUUUAUUUUUACUUUUGUGAUUUGUUUUGUAACCAAUAAAGCUGUAAUACAACUGGACAGCACAAUUGUUUCUAUGGAAUAAUGGUCAGACUUUUCUUUAUGUAUUUGAAAGAUUUAAGUGUUUCAUAACAGUUGUGCAUUCAAAUAACCGGCCAUUUGAAAUGAAAUUGUAUCCCGUAUUACAUGGUUAUAAAAGAAUACACAAUAACAUAAGUAUAUAUUUAAACAGAUCCUAAAUCAAAAUUUGAUGAUAAAUUGCAUCAACCCUUCAUUUUAUUUAGUUGUUUGUUUUAAUGGGUAUUUGAAAGAAAUUAAUGGGAGACACUAAAGAAGUAAACAUUAAAUACAUAAACAAAUCAAAUUGUGUUAUCAAAAGUCAAAAAGUGUUAUCUAGCACACAAUUUAGAGUUAUCUAAUAUGGACUACAAGUCACCCUUUCAUUAAUUGGCACAACUGGCAAUGAUGUACACUUUUCCCAUAUGUUACUCAUGCCAUAGUAGAAGUUUCUUAAAGCAGCAUUAAAGAGUUUUUGUCUAAAAACUAGCAAGCUAACCAGCUAAAAGCCAACAGACAACAGCACAGUUAGCACUCACAAAAGGUAGCUAGCUUGCUAAUUGAUAUGUUUUUGGCACAGAUCACAAAAUGACAUAGCCUAGUUAAUAACCAGGUGCCUCAUAUCUAAUAGUUUAUUGUAGUGACCUGAGACUUAUGCUGUGCCUGACCAGGAGGUAGGAACUGUUGCUGAUGCACUUCUACGGGGCAAGUGUGCUCGUUUUGGAGUCCCUGCAGGUAUUCGCAGGAAUCGGGGCAGAAACUUCUGAGUCAUACAAGGACGACCCCCCUUCACCUGCAAAGCAAUGGGUUAGUGCAGCACCAUGAACAGACCCUCACCACACAAGACCAGAAACACAGGGACCUUCAACUGCCAUUGGUUCUCCAGGCCUGUCACACUACAGUUUCAGUCUGUUCAUGUUAUUAUAAGUGUUUGACACCAUGGAAAGGAUCCCUACAGAUAGACCUGUGUCUGUUUACCUCAAUAAAAGUAUAAAAACUGUAGAAAAUUACUGUUUCUACUGUCAUUAGUUCUUCCAGACUGGAUGGAAGAGGAGAAAGAUAGUUUACCUUUCAGUUCAAACAACCUACAAAUGGAGAAAUCAACACACUAGCAUAGAUAAUUAUGCCACGAGCAAAUUGUGUGCAAGAUAACACUUCCCAAUUAAUUUUAACAUUCAUUCUUUUAUUUAUUUUGCCAUUUUCAGUGUCUCCAUUGACUUUCAUUCAUUUCUUUCAAAAACACAUUAAAACAGAAUCAAGUACAAUAAAGGGUUGACGGAAUUUAUUAUCAAGAUAACUACUUUCUUUUGAUUUAUGAUGUGUUUAAAUAUAUACUUA